CCUAUAAACAAACAACCCUCACUAAACCACUCGUCCCCUAGGCUUGCCUUGCCUUCGGCUACGCAAUUUCUGCAUUGGAGAGGAAAGUAGACUUAAAGGAUAGGAAAAAAAAAGAUAGGAAAGUAGACUUAAAGGUUUACCAAAAUGAAAAUUCACGGUGUAGUCGCUCACAAAUUCAGAUAUGGGUUGAAGCUUCUACCGCGUUCAGCCUCCGGGCUUCAAGUCUCGGUUGCCGCCACUGUACUGGGUGUCCUUGGAUUGGUCUAUGCCGUUAAAGAUGGCAAAUUCAUCAACUUCCUCAGUUUGCAAUGGUCAUCGAGCUCAAGUAGUCUUUCCGAGGAUUCUUGGGUAGUACCAGGGUUGCAAAACCUUGGAAACAAUUGUUUUCUGAACGUAGUUCUCCAGGCAUUAGCUAGCUGCAAGAGUUUUCGGACUUUUCUCGAGAGAACAGUUGGGGAAUCACCGAUGGAAGGCAGUGUUGGAAACUUGUCUUUUGCUGAUGCUUUGUUUUGGUUGUUGGAAGAACUCUGCACUCUUCAACAUGGAAGAACUGUAUUAAGUCCACGAAAACUUAUGCAUGCUAUGAAUGACUAUAUUCCAAAUUUCAAUUUGACAAGCCAACAGGAUGCAGAAGAAGCAUUAUCGCAUCUCCUAUCAUCUUUAAGGGAAGAGUUGUCAGAGUCUUAUGUCCACGAAUGCAGCUCUUUAGCAGACGUGACUGCGCUUCCUAAUUGUAGGGUUCUGGCUUUAAAGAAAAUGACCGAAAAAAGUGAAUUCAAAAGAUGGAGAGAAUAUUUUAUAGGGCCUUUUGAUGGAAUUCUUUGUAGCAGUUUAAUGUGCCAAAGCUGCUCUUUUCAGAUCUCUUUGGAUUUUCAGUUGUUUCAAAGCUUGCACCUUUUGCCGGUUGUCAAUGGUGAUGGGAGAAUUGUGGGUAGAUGCUCUGUGGAGGAUUGUCUAAAGCAGUUCUUUGUUGCAGAACAAGUUGAAAAUUACUGCUGUAACCGCUGUUGGCAUAUUGCUGCAAUAAAGUAUGUAUCUGCAAUGUGUCAAGAUCAGACUGUUAUUGAAAAACUAAAGCUCUGCCCGGAGCAAGAUUCAUGCGAUUGCAAAGAGCUGUCUUGCCUCAGAGCAUUGCCAUGGUCAAAUCAAUUCUCACAUACUUUCAAGCAAUUUAGUAUUGCACAUAGUCCGCAGAUCUUAUGCAUCCAUCUACAACGCGCUUCAGUUAAUGUUUUUGGAGAACUGGACAAACUUCAGGGCCAUAUAUCUUUUCCAUUGAUCUUGGAUAUGUCUCCAUUUACGAAGACUCAAGUGGGAACAAAGAAAUGGGAAAGAGAACUGCAGAUUGGGCUAAUGAAACAACAACAAGAUCAGCAACCUUUCCCUUAUUCCAAUUACUUAAAUCGUGUACCAAAUCCUUGUCUGCUCGAUACUCAAAGUUCUUUGGACACAACAUCAUUUAACAUGCCUUCACAUCCUCAUGAUGAGGGUGUAUCUUCCUCGUCUUCUCAUUUGUCGUCUGAACACACACAAAAACAUACAUACCGCCUAGUUUCAGUGGUGCAGCACUUCGGGAGAGUUGGAAGCGGGCAUUACAUGGUUUAUAGAAGAGUUGCUGCCAACAUUAAUAGUGAUGAUGAUCCUUCUGGACAGCAGGGAUCUGCUCAUGAGCAGUGGUAUUGCAUCUCUGACUCUGAAGUUCAUAAUGUAUCUGAGAAUGAUGUUCUUGAUGCUGAGGCAAGCUUGUUGUUCUAUGAAAAAGUGUCUGAAUUCUGAAACUUAUUAACUUGCAUGAAUUAUAUUUUAAUUCCCAACCAAUCAUAGAAAGAGAAUUGUAUUUUUUAACUU